AUGGUUAAGAUCCAAUCGGUCCGCAGAGCGUACAGUCCUGAACAGAACACACUACCGUUGCUGCUCCAAACAAUGGAGGAGGGACGCGUGCCCUUGAAAAAUCGGCGAACGCAGGGCACGAGCACUGAAUAUCCCUUUAUUUCGGUCGGAAAGACUUUCAUCAUGCUUAGGGGAGAUAUGGGAGGUCUUGUUGUGAGAUUACAGCUAUACCUUUCUGAGAAUGAAAGGAGUGGCUUGGAUAUGGAGACGUGUCGUACCGCGGCUGAUAGGGCAACUCAUUGGCUAGCAGGGGCUGUGUCACUCGACGAGGCUGCCGCUCGUCCAAAGCAGAUAUGGGACCGCUGA